AUGACCGCAUCUUCGUGGCCGAGCGUCUCGGCGCUGGGCGAGCAGCUGCAGCACCACAUCCAGCUCUUCGUCCUCCAGACCGAUCUGUACUUCUUCCACCUCUUCCCAGCGCUGCGUUCGGGCGCCGUGCGCUCGCCCACGGGGCUCAUCUUCACGGGUCUCAUCAUCCUGCUCGUCUCGCGCGUCGGGUCGUACCUCACCGCGUACCUCGCCGAGCAGGGUGCGUUGGUGUCCAUCCGCGCACCACCGCAGGCGCAGCCGGGUUGGACAUCUAGCGUGCUCGAAAAGCCGCACAUUCGCGAUGCGGCCAAGCCGGGCAAGAUCAUCUGCUACGACCCCGCUACGGCGUACCUGAUCGGCGAGGUCGAUGCAGACACACGCGAGACGAUCGCGCAAAAGAUCGCGCGCGCCAAGCAGGCGCAGGUUAUGUGGGCAAGGUCGUCGUUCGCGGUGCGCAGGAAGGUGAUGCGCACCAUGCAGCGGUGGGUGGUGCGCGAUGCAGAGACCAUCACCCGUGUCGCUGCACGCGAUACGGGCAAGACCGCUAUCGACGCCGCUUUCGGCGAACUCCUCACGACCUGCAGCAAGCUCGCUUGGACCAUUGGCAAUGGCGAGCGCGUGCUGCGGACCGAGGUGAGGCCGAACAAUCUGCUGCUCAUGCACAAGGUGUGCGAGGUGCGUCACGAGCCCAUGGGCGUCGUCGGUGCGUGCGUCAGCUGGAACUACUCGGCACACAACGUGCUCGGCCCCAUCAUCGCCAGUUUGUUUGCGGGCAACGCCAUCGUGGUCAAGGCAAGCGAACUCGUAGCCUGGUCGGCGCAUUACUUUGUCGACGCCGUGCGCGAGUGUCUGCGCGCCUCCGGAUGCGACCCUGAGCUGGUACAGCUCGUAACAUGCUUCCCCGAGGAGGCCGAGGCUCUGACCCAGAGCGCCGAUAUUGCCCAUCUCACCUUCAUCGGCUCCGAGCAUGUCGGUCGACUCGUGGCGCAGGCGGCCACCAAGGAGCUUACCCCCGUGACGCUCGAGUUGGGUGGCAAGGAUCCUGCCAUUUUGCUGCGCGAUGCGGACCUCAAGUACUUUGGCUCGACCUUCAUGCGCAGCUGCUUCCAGGGCGCCGGUCAGAACUGCAUCGGCAUCGAACGAUUUGUUGUGGACGAGGCCAUCGUUGAUCGGCUCGUGGCGAUCGUCGAGCCGCGCAUCCGCGAUCUGAAGCUCGGCAGUUUCAUGGACGAUGCGUCCUUUGGCGCCUCUUCGCGCGGUGGCAAACAGGGUGACCGUGUGGACAUGGGCGCCAUGAUCACCGAUGCACGCUUUGCGCAUCUCGAGCAGCUCAUCCAGGACGCGGUUCGUCAGGGCGCCAAGCUUGUCGUCGGUGGCAAGCGGUUCGAGCAUCCAAAGUGGAAGCACGGACACUACUUUACGCCGACACUGCUGGUGGGUGUGACGACGUCCAUGGCGAUUGCCAACGAGGAGCUUUUUGCACCCGUGUUUGUAGUCAUGCCGUUCAAGUCGGGCGAUCUGGACGCGGCGGUGGGCAUUGCCAACUCCACGAGGUAUGCCUUGGGUUCGUCCGUGUUUUCCGCCACACGGGCGCACUGCGACUACAUCGCCGCGCGCAUCCACGCGGGCAUGGUCAACAUCAACGACUUUGGCGUAAGCUACCUCAACCAAGGCCUCCCCUUUGGAGGCGUCAAGAAGAGCGGAUACGGCAGGUUCGCCGGUCCAGAAGGGCUCUUGGGUCUCACGCAGCCAAAGGCCGUCACGCGCGAUCGACUCUUCAGCCUCCUCAAAACAGGCAUCCCGCCCCCACUCGACUAUCCAAUGCAGAAGCCAGCCCGAUCGUGGGGCUUUGUCAACGCCCUCGUCGGAUUCGCCUAUGCUCCCUCCAUCCCCGCUCGCGCCAAGGCCAUCCUCGACCUCAUCCUCAACUCGGCCUAA